GAAUGUAACGGAACGCUGUGUUUAUUUACGUUCGCGAGUCAAUCGCACGCAAAUCACAAUAGUCAUUACGCACAAAAAUAAAAAUUCUCAGUGAUGCUCUUUAAAAAGUUCUGAAGAUGUGGUAUCUGUGGUCUGAAAAUAUUAAAAAAAGAGCCUGCAGGUAUCUGCUGCAACGAUAUUUGGGCAAUUUUCUAGAAGAGAAAUUAACUUUAGAUCAGCUGAGUGUCGAUUUGUACAAUGGUACUGGGACAGUCAGCGAUGUUAGCCUUGACUGCGAUGUACUCAACGAGCUGGGAGAUGCACAGAAUUGGCCCUUGGAGAUAGUAGAUGGCCAUGUGAAGGAGAUUAUGGUCUCCGUUCCAUGGUCAACACUGUUGUCAGAUGACUCUGUAGUCAAAAUCAGCGGAUUGACGCUUACGGUACAACCGAAAGUGCGAGCUGAACCAGUGUCAUCGAUGCUGGAGUCGAUGUGGUCCUCCAUGUCAUCUUCUAUGCAACUAGCCGCUGAGUGUCUGAAGGAAGACGUCGGUCCCCAGGAUUCCCAACCCGUCGAAGGCAUCGAGAUGUUUGCUCAUGCCAUAGACUCAAUACUAAGCCGUGUCAAAGUAAAAUUUGAAAACACGAUACUUCGCAUUGAACAUGUACCGAAAAACGGUGACCGAGGCAUCGCACUUGAGGUCCAUAUAAAGAAUAUCGACUACUUUGACGAAGCCGGGUCGGAACCGACCCCGGGGGAAACAGAUCCUGACAAGCCGAAAACAUACAUAGUAGCAGCAUACACAAACAAAAAAAUUAAAUUCGAUGGAGUCACUCUGUAUACGGACGAAUUCCCAUCGAGAAUGCGGACUAUGGCACGGAGUCUCAUCAUGGAGAAGUCCGUCUCCUCACAAGCUGAUAAAGCCGAGAGUCAAGAGACUCCAGAUGUGAACUUCCAAAGCACAAUUUCUGAUGUCUUUUACGAAACUAGGAGUGUAAUAUCCACCAUAGAAACAGAAACAUUCAAAGAGGCCAACCCCGAUGAAGACCAGAUCAAAAGUAGACCGGAGUCGAGAGAAUCGACGCCUGAGAAGGUCAACCACCCUGAUCCCAUAUUAUUUGCUAAAUUGAUAGGAGAACAGGAACUAGCCUUGAAAUUAAAGCAUAAUUCGGAAGUGGAGGGGCCUAAAGUUGAAGUCAAUAUGUCAUUCGGGUCCCUCAUUGUGUUUAUUACUCCGAGGCAGCUACAUACACUGAUAGAGCUCGCUGAUGCUCUCAAUCAGCCAGAUUUGGAAGAUAGAACUAAUAUACCAUUACGUCCUAGCGGAACUGCCCAGUGCAAGCCGAUGAAGCCAGCAGACUUCCAACUGAUAGAAGCUCAAUUACUUGAUAUGUUCGAGAAGCAUAAGGCGAAGUUUGCUGGCAGCAAGUCUGGCUGGUCUGGUCCAGGUUACGACGAGGAAGAUGAAAAUGAAAUAUUCUACCCAAUGACAUCGCAAGGCCCAAUGGCGGAGAGUUUCUCGUCAUCCGUCAGCUCCAUGAGCGCUAGUAUGACUUCCAGCGCCACUUUGCCCACAGGUGCGCCCAGGAUCAAGAGAAACAAGAAAGGUCCGCAUAUCGAGGGUGACCCCACAGCAGAAGUGUCACAUAUCAGCCUGAAAAUCGAAUCUGUGGCCUGUGUAUUACUGCAUAAGGAUAUUCUAGUCCCGACUUUGUUAGGCUCUGACGUCAUAUCGCCAAGUACGGCCAUCAAGUUGCAAGAAGUUGCCAGCACCUUCUUUGCAAGCUUGGAGCUUUUUACCAUUGUCGAUGACUUCACUGCGGCUAACGAGAUACUUGAUAGAACCACUUUGAAAAGCCAUUUGAGACUCCUAACGUCAGAGAUAUCAGUGGACGGCAGCGAGAGAGUGACGGCGGUGGGCAGUCAGAUGCUGUGUGAGGCUUCCAUUAAAGAUGUGCUCGUCAGAGAGUGUCUAUACUAUUCCAAUGAAGAAGGAGAUGAUAUGGUUCAGGGAUAUAACCUGAUAAAAUUCCUGAACAAAGACAAUGAGGACAGCUCGAGUCGCUCAAGCCAACAAGGCGCGUCUGAACCUCACGCGAACAUUCGCAUCACGUUCAGACAGACGUCUAGGUACGCGCGCGGCGAACAGAGACUUGUCAAUCCUUCGACUGACAUAGUGAUUAAAUGCACACCCUUCUACGUGGACGUGGAGCUGACGAUAAUUGAACGUAUGUGGUCGACCUUCUUCGGCGGCUCCAAUACUGGUACCACUACACCCGCCCCGACUGGCUCCUCACAGAACCAGACCAGUGUCACUUUGCAGUGCCCUGACCUACAUGCUGUGUUGAGAUUCCCAAUAGCGGACCUUCGUCAGGGCGUAAAUCGAGAGUUCCGUAGCGUCCGACCAGACUAUUUACUGUUCAAGUUCCAGAACGCCACCAUUACUUCGCAGCAAACACCCAGUUCCAGACCACAGCCUACCACGGUCACCGUACGAGCCACUAUACUGGACCUAUAUUAUUAUGAAAACGACAUAUUCCCAGCUACACACAUAGCACGCACCACGAUAGACGACAACGUCUGUGAAGGGAACAUCCUCAGCGGACACGUCACUUCCGCCGCCAUACCUACCAUAUCAAUAACCUUCAAACCUAAAAUCCCGGCGAAGGGUCCAUUCGACGGUUUCAACGACGAGCCGUCUAAUUUCGAGCCCGCGAACUCAAAUCCAAUGACUACAUCAUUUUAUCUAAUGAACAACUUGACUUCCAAACACCCCAGCCCAUUCAGCGGGAAGAAAAUGGUACACCAGAGUUUUACUAAACAUGAAGACGAGGAAAAAGCACAAGAAGAAGAGAUGAUAGUUCCGGGCAAUGAGGAUGAGAUGGCAGAAUUCACAAGCAACUCCAUAGACCUGUCGGCCAUACAUCUGGACUUUAUACUACCUAUCCUCAGCUUGCAGCUUGAAUCGAAGCAGCUAUACGAGAUAAUCUACAACCGUAUAAACUCGGACCUCCUACUAUGGGAGCCGCAGCCAGCAGAACAGUAUGACAUCAACCCCCUUCAAUACCCCGACCUCACCCCCGGCUUUGGCGCGUUCAAAACCGCUGGGCAUGAUUCUGACACAGAAAGCACAUCGUCAGAAGAAGAGACCAACUUGUACUACUCGACGUAUGACAAUAAGCUGCGCAAGGGCAUCGGGCACAGUCGGCCGCACGAGGAGACAGAGACACACAAUUUCUGUCUCACUCUCAAAGUUGGGAAAGGAGUACUUACUAUGUAUACUCCUGUCAGGGACAGCAACAAGCGUGUAGUGCCAGGACAGAUGGGCGAGCUAGUACUAGAUGCGUAUAACUUGUCUAUGUGCCAAGUGAGCGGCCUCAAUGGAAAACCCAAGACCGCGCAGCUAUGUCUACGAGCUGAUCGCACUACUUUGUACCAUGAUUCAAUGAUAACAAUACCAUCAGAGAAGCCUCCACUCCGUCAGUACGGCACCAUGCUACCGUCUCACCUGAAGAGUACCAUCUACCCUUCAGGCAGGGGAGUGAUUAUCAAAGACAAACUCCUGAAGAAGGACAUGUUCACUAUGGCGCUCAAAGUCGCGCCCGAUGCAGAGUCAUCUAAUGUUAAGUCAAUCGUGAUAGCCCUGGGCAUAGAGCAGGCCACGCUUCGCUACAGAGGUGACAAGGGUAUAUCGUGGCUGACUCAACUGAUGGACAUCAUCGACGUCAUCGACUACCCCGUGCCAGGGUACACUCCCUCCACUGUCAUGUCCGAGUUACAUGUACAUGUCGUGGACUGUGCUGUUGAUUAUAGACCACUCUACCUACCUUUCCGCACAGUACUUACACUGGGUAAUUUCAGUGUAACGAGCAACCUAAUAGCGGCCACAAAUACUUCGUGCCUUCGUUUCAUAGCACAGGAGUGCACCCUAUUCCUAAUGCAUAUACUUGGGACUAAGCCUAAUGCCGCAGUACCACUUGACGAUGACAAGUUACCCGAUAUUGUAAAAGAUUAUGUCUGUGUCGUUGAUUUGGGCGUCUUCGAACUAUCCCUCAGGAUGGCUGAUAAGAAUAAUUGCCCACCGAAUCAACCGCACGUGGACCUGAGUGCUUCAAACAACAUGGUGACACUCCACACAUGCUGGGACUCUGCGUCGGCACUGUUCCGUCUGCUCACGUACGCGUCAAUGGACGGAGACUCCACGCCACCCAUUGAUCGAUCCUCUCGACACACCAGCAUCUGCUCUGACCAACCUUUAGAACAAUUAGUUGGUCUAGACGACAGGCCGGUAGAAGAAAUAAGAGAACUAUCCCCGAGUGAAAUUCAACAGGUCAACGACCUCAUGGCUGAGGCUAUGAAAGAAAGCCCUAAUACCACUUUGGAAGAAGAAGAUCUACAAAAUUCAAUGGAAGAAAAAAAUAAAACUACGGAAGUAUUUUACUUCCCCGACGAGUCUAACAUGAAGCGAAGGCCUACUGCAGGACCAUCGGAGGAGGAGCCUCUCGUCGUGGCCUACGAUGAUUUACCUCCAAAGUUUUUCAACGAUUCGGAAAAGCCGUUCAAUAUACAUGUUGCUAAGGAGCUAGGAGACCCUACCUCGACUCCUAAACGCACUCCUCGCAGAUCUAAGAGGAGAUCGACAAAAUCAAGUAGCGACGGUGGAAACACAGACGAUGAGUUUUGCUUCGUGGAUUCACAAUCGGUGCAUGCGGAUGAAGAGAUGGAUGAUCCGGGGGUGAAAAAUAUCCGACCCCCUACCCCCCCUCCCCCUCAACCGGAUGAACAUUACACUAAACCGAAGUUCAGGACUGAUGUCCUCGACGCACCGAAGAAUUACCCACAACCAAUGUUGCGAUACAAAUUACUAGAGAUGAGUAUUACGUGGAACUUGUAUGGAGGCAAUGACUUCCGAACAGCGGAUCAACCGCUACCAAAGAAGAAGGUCACUAUUGACGACCCUCGUUCACAAGGAUCUCCUACUACUUCAAGACGUUCCCAAGAAUUCGAGCCGUACGAGUCAGGUCGUGCAGCCACGGCGGCGUAUCGUUCAAGCGGCGUGCGCUGGGCGGCCGGCAGCGACCGCGUGCGCGCCGCCCGCCCCGCUACCCACAGGGACCUCAGGGAACGAGGCGGUCUGCACAGAGACCACAAUAUUAAAGUCAAAAUUUGUCUAAACAAGGUGAAAUUCGUAUACGACAUUUACCCCUCGCGCGGAAUAUAUGCGUCGCGUCAAACAUUAGCUAUCACUAAGAUAGAAAUACUGGACCAGUUAGUAUGCAGUGACAUCAACAAACUGCUCAGCCAGUACAGGCACAAGGAUGAACCUGAGAGGAAACAUGCUCACAUGUUUUAUAUAAAAUGCGUGCAUCGUCGGCCGGACCCUGAGUUAUCAGCUCAGGAGUGUUGCGUGGUGGUGUCCGUUUUACCUCUAUGGUUCAACCUCGACCAAGAUACUUUAAAUUUCCUCGCCGCCUUCGUCAACAAACUCGGCUCAGAUGAGUAUCAAGAUGAAGACUCUAAAAGCGUGGGAGGAUUAUCUACAGACUCGAGUGGUUCCCGUCAGACGACGCCGACCCACCGCCCUCCUGUCAUGACCCUCGGCAGGGAUCUUCGCGACCCCCCUCCUACGCCUUCCUACUCUGGAGACACUGACUCUCUUCAUGAGCCUAUAUUCCGCAACGAUGAACCGCUAAUGGAGAAGUACGAGGCGGAGCGACUGGUCUCUGAGAACCUCAUCCAGCUGGAGGAAGACUUCAACAAGCUCGGCGUACAGGAGAAACCUCAAGCGAAAACCUCGGCUGGCACUGAGCAUUUUGACGAUUCACCGAUAUACUUCCGACGUUUUGUAUUCAAGUGCGAUGUACCAAUUCGGUUAGACUACGUGGGCAAGCGAGUGGACCUGUCUGCCGGACCUAUCGCCGGCUUGCUCAUGGGUCUAGCACAACUCAACUGCUCUGAACUUCUCCUCAAGAAACUUGAAUUUAAAUUGGGUCUUCUGGGUAUAGAAAAGUUAAUACAAUAUGCCACCACGGAGUGGAUGAAUGAUAUCAAACGCCAUCAACUGCCCGGACUGAUCGGUGGCAUUGGACCUAUGCAUUCAGUCCUGCAAUUUGUGGCGGGCAUGAAGGACCUGGUGUGGCUGCCGUACGAGCAGUGGCGGCGCGACGGGCGCGUGGCGCACGGGCUGCGGCGCGGGGCCGCCUCCUUCACCGCGCACACCGCGCUCGCCGCGCUCGACAUCACCACGCGCCUGCUCAAACUCAUACAGGCUACGGCCGAGACAGCGUUCGACUUGCUGACGCCGGGUCCGACGCUGCAGCUGCAGGAGGCGUACGCGCGGCGCGAGCGGCGGCGCCGGCGCAGGCACGACCCCGCGCGGCACCCCGCCGACAUCAGGGAGGGCGUCGCUAGUGCCUACCAGACUGUGAGGGAGGGUUUCGAAGACACAGCAGCGACGAUGGCAGCAGCGGCGCGCUGGUCUAAUGGCGUGGGCGUGCUGCGGCACCUGCCGGGCGCGGCCGUGGCCCCGCUGGCGCUGGCGGCCGCCGGCGUCGCCGACGUGCUGGGCGGCGUGCGCGCCUCGCUCGCGCCCGACCACUCGCGCCACCACGCCGACAAGUGGCGCGCGCACCCGCCCGACAACCCGCACGAUUGUAUAGACUAAGUAGAUCCCGUAAUCAACAAUGAUCUCUCUAACAAUUUAUUCUUGUGUAUAAUAUUGUGAGGGCGGAUUGCACUAAAGUUGAAAUUUGACGUCUCUUCGUUAGCGUAGAACCUUUACAUUCCUCGAUAAUAAAACAAUUUAGAUUUAGUAUAUUUUUGAUACAAUGUCGCUUGUUGAGUCAGCCACACUAUAUAAUAAUUAUAUUUGAUAGUACCUAUAUUUUGUAGUUUCCUUUUCAUGCUUUAAUCGUGUGGUUGGCUGUGGAAAUCAAUAUAAAAAUACAUAUCCAAGUCAUACGCUCAAGAUCGCCGUUUCAUAAUACGUAAAUAAUGGUUAGUGCAACCCGCUCCGUCUCCUGCUCAGCUCACCACGAGGCUCGUCCGUCGACUGCCAUUACGUUCACAUUUAGUUCAUCGAAAUAUGCUAUUAGUGUAACUCUAGAUGUAAGGUUCUUGGCGUUGAUCAGUAGGGAAGCGGCUAGAAACAGGUACUUGCCUCUAUUGGUAUAGACCGAUGGACACACGAUAUUUUUUAUAUUAUACGCGAUUUCAAAACGUGUGCUCAUCGAAAAGCGAUUGAAAAUAGCUCGCGUAGUGAUUCUAAAAUGUGAUGUAUUUUUAUACAAAGUUAUAAAUUUUCUUAAGCGAGGUACAAAACUGUUCUUUCUCGUUUCUGAUAUUAAAUUUAAAUUAUUUUAUAUAUUCGACAGGACACUGUUGCAAAUAUAUAAAUAAUAGCGCUGACUUUAUAACUCAUAAUGUUAUGGUAGAUUUAGUUUUAGUUGAUAUUUGUGUACAUGCAUUUUCGUUCCUCGUUGAAAAUCUGUACUAUGAAACGAAUUUUAAAAUUGUAAUUCAAUUAGCAGAGCAUUGUCUAUAGAUACCCUGUAUUCCUAUAUCUAACGGAAGGAUGAUAGUUGGGCUGGAUGGAUCAUUUUUUACAAAGACUAUCAUAAAGUUAAAAAUGUUACCUCCACUGCAACUUUGUUCGCCAGCAUGAUAAUAUAACACCUACCUAUGAAGAGUUGAAGACUGUGGUGCUCGAGUUGAACAGUCUAGCAUUUUAGAGCAUUUAGCGGCUCCUUUAGAUUUUUAUAAAUAAUCACUGUACGGAAGUUUGGGUGCCAUGACAGAUAAUGUGAAUUUAUAAACAUUAGAUAUUAUAAUAUUACUUACUUUCAUUAUACCGAGCUCCUAUUCGGAAUGUUUGUAAAUAGAUUUAUUAUAUAAUGACAUUGGGGAUUUUCAAUUUAUUUUUUAUUCAAUAGUAUUGCAAAAUUGUGGAGAAUUUACUUCAAACAAAUCGCCUGACGCUAGACUUUACUGAGUAAAUAUCAUCAAACCGCCGCGAGGAAAGUCAGGAGGUAGUACAUAUUGUGACGGUGGAAGGUUUAUGCUAUUAUUUACUCAAGUAGAAAGCUUAUUUCAUUUUUACGCGUGAUUCCUUGAUAUCUGAUAGAGUAGUAAGACUCCAUAUUGUUUUUAUUCAAACAAAGAGAUAAUAAAUCAAUAUUAAAUAAUUAAAUGAUA